UAGUUUUUACAUAUAACUCGCAUUUUGUCGACUAAUUACAAAUUACACUACACUCCUUUAAAAAAAAAGAGCUUUUGCUGUGAGAAAAAAAAUUAUACCUUAUCCAACACCGCCAAUAUCUUUGCCUUAUUUUCUUAGCUUAACAUCUUAAGCAAUGUCAAGGAAAAAUAAACCUAAUUUGCGGAGGAGAAAUGUCAGUUCGAAGAAAGUUCCGCAGGAAAGAAUAAAUCAGAUCAAUGAAGCUUUUAUGAAAAAGAACAUACCCGAACUUCGAAAAUUAGCAACUACAGGCCCUGGUUUGGUCAAUGAUGGGUUACGACGGUUAUGUUGGCCAUUACUUUUGCAUUGCGAACCUUACGAACCUUACGAUAAGAAAGAUCUUCAAGAGGAACAUAAAGACGAGCGUCAAGUUCUACUUGAUGUAGAUCGGUCGUUUGUCUAUUAUCCUAAAGGGCUAAAUAAUGCUACGAAAAAACAUAUGCAAUCCGAAUUGAAAGACGUUAUCGUAGGAAUUUUACGGAGGCAUCCCAAGCUUGCAUAUUAUCAGGGAUUCCAUGAUAUAUGUUCAGUUCUUCUACUUGUAUUGGGAAAUAAAGAAUCUGCUAUUAAGGCGGGAGAGAAUAUUGCUAUUUUUUUAUUAAGGGAUGCGAUGCUCGAUUCAUUAGAACCUAUUAUGAAGCAACUUACUCUUUUGAACACUUUGAUUCGAUUGGAAGACCCAGCAAUUGCAGAUUUUCUUGAAAAGUCAAAUACUUUACCGUAUUUUUGCCUUAGUUGGGUUAUAACUUGGUGUAGUCAUGAUGUUCGAGAUUUAUCGAAAGUUGUUCGUUUAUUCGAUUUUUUCAUCUCAUCAGAUCCUUUAAUUUCAAUAUACUUAUCUGCUAGAAUUGUCAUUAGCCGUCACAAAGAAUUAUUAGCGCUAGAGUGUGAUGGUGCAAUAGUUCAUACAUUUUUAUCAAAAUUUCCUCAGUAUAUUGAUAUAGAUGAACUAAUUUCAAAAACAAUUCAACUGUAUAAUAAGUACAGAAAGUUCUGCCCUCUUGUACUUAAAAAGGCAAUCAAUGAAGCGUUGGAUGAAACAUCCUGUGCCAUAUUAUACGAACAACAUUGGCUAAAAUUAAAAGUUGACGAACCCAUCAAUUAUUUGGCUGUGGAUAAGAUUCUUUCUUCGCCUUAUUCGGCUAAAAAGUCUAUGCAAAUUAAAAAUUCAGAGAAACCAAAUAUGCUAAAUAAAAAACGGGUAGUCAUGGUGUUAAUAAGUGCUACUCUUUUUUAUUGGUUAUUUAAUAAAAUUUUAAUAUCAUUCUAUGAACGAAACCAUAAAAUCAAUUAUUAAAUCAACACAAUUAGAACAAUUAGAGCAAAAAAAAAGAAAAAGAAAAUAUAUAUAUUAUUAGAAUUAUUUAUAACUAGAAAAAAUAUCACCGAAAUUAUAGAAAUAUGAACUAGACUUAGUAUGGUGUAAGUUACAUAACGUUAUUAAUUGAUAUAAACAUAUAAACAGUUUAUUUAUCAUUCCCAUUCCUCAUCUUUGCACUUCCUACCAUAUUACAAAUUUUUUAUUAGAAUUUUACAAUAAUAGAAUAAAAAAUAUAAUAUUUUGCACGAAGAUGGUGGAAUCCAAUCGAUAGAUUUUAUUAAAAUUUCCGCCAUGUGAAAAAACGCGUUUAUACGCG